AAACCACAUCCCCAUUUCCCCCCUUCUCCCUAGCUCAUCCAUACCCAACAACUCUUCACAUUCUGCUCUAUCUGGUCAUUAGUUGAUCAAGUUAGUUAGUUUCCAGUACUACUACAAGUUUUAGCGUAUGGACAAGCUCAAUUUUGUCCAAAACGGAGCUCGAAAACUGCCACCGGGAUUCCGAUUCCAGCCCACCGACGAAGAAAUCGUGUUCCAGUACCUGACCCGGAAAACGUUGUCCUUCCCUUUGCCUGCUUCGGUCGUCCCCGAGAUCAGUGUUUGCAACUAUGACCCUUGGGAUUUGCCAGGCGACGGGGAAGAGGAUAGAUACUUCUUCACCAGAAAGGAAGCCAAGUACCAGAACGGAACCAGAGCCAACAGGGCAACCAGCUCUGGUUAUUGGAAAGCAACUGGCUCAGAUAAACGGAUUACAUGUCCAAAAAGAUCAAAAGACACAAUGGGGUUGAGGAAGACUCUGGUUUUCCAUACAGGGAAGCCUCCCGGUGGAUCCAGGACCGAUUGGAUCAUGCAUGAAUAUCGCCUCGUCAAUUCUGGAACUACAAGUUGUAAUAAUUCAACUAAGAACAAUGAUUUGGUGCAAAUGGGAGACUGGUUCCUCUGUCGCGUAUUCUUGAAGAAAGGAAGCACAGAGAAACAAGACGAAGAAGAGAUUAGUCAGCCAAGAGCAAAUGAUUUCAUGAACAGGAGAGAGUUGAACGAUGAUGGUGGAGGCCCCAGCUCCUCCUCCUCUUCCUCUUGUGGCUCUAGUGUAAUCACUGAGGUUACUGCAAAUGGGUUAGAUCAUGAGGAAACCAGUGGCCAUGGUUUUCAUUGUUUUUCUCCAUAUCUUUAUCGAUGAGACCCCCAUGAGAGAGAGCUCUUGUUUCUUUUCUCUGUCUCUAGUACUUUUGUACCUUCUUUGGUAAUUAUGAAGGAAAAAUAUUUUGACACAUACGUCCGGAUACAUCCGGUCAUAUGUGUGUCCACAACUA